GGCAUCGAGGAGGGACUCGGCCGCAUCGCCACCGCCACUCUCUCCUCUCCUCCUCUCUCUCUCUCUCUCGCACCACCGCUCUCUUCCGCCGCUGCGGCUCACGGCUACGCAGCUCUCUUCCCCUCCUCCUCGGCUCCGCUCUCUUCGAUCGAUCUAGGGUUUGGUCUUCUGUUGGGGGAUUGUUGUUGCUCUUCCGCGCGAUCGAUCGACGCCGCGUCCUGAGGGUUUGAGGGGUUUCCGCCCUCCCGCCGCACGCCCGCACCCCCGCGAUGUCCGGCCGGAGCUCGCCGAUGUACGAGGGGCUCGCGUCGCGUCCCGACGAGUGGGACGUCGUCCUCAAGUUUGGAUAUGUGUUAUCUAGUCCAAUUUAAUUUCUUGAUGGUGAAGUAUGGUGAAACUCUUAAGAGGUUCGGUGGGUAUGUGCAAGGACCACAAUUCAGCCUGAACUUAUCCGCUCUCCGGUCCAAGAUUGCAUCUGCUUUUAAGUUUGGUUCGGAUGUCGACUUCAUUCUGACUUACACUGAUGAGGAUGGGGAUAUUGUCAUGCUGGAUGAUGAUGAUGAUCUGCAUGAUGCUGCUAUUCAUCAGAAACUGAACCCCCUCAGGAUUAAUGUUCAGUUAAACAACAGCCACACUGCAGCACCUCAGGCCAAACAGCAGGAUUCAGAUAAUAUACCUCUCAGGUCCACCACCACUGAAGACCCACUAGCUCAUAUUAAAUCAGUUAUCGAUGAGGUUUUGAAGCCGAUAUCUAUGAAGUCCAUCCAGGAGCCAGUUCCUGAGACACUUGCGAAGCUGUCCCAUGAAGUACUUGAAGCCGCAUCACCACAAUUAGCUGAGCUAAUAAAACCUUUUGUUAAACUGGUUACACCAAGCAACAACAACCCAUCUAAUGGGCAUGCUGAUGGUUCCUGCAGCUCCUCAACUGGUUUGCCCCAAACACAGGUUGAUCCCAAAACUAAUGACGAGCCCAAAAUAGACACAAGUUUGGGGUCGCAACCCUUGGACACGCAGAACUCCAAAUCAUCUGGUGCUAGAGGUCUUAAGACUCUGUCAGUUGAGGCUCCUGCUACAUCGGGUGUUAAAUCUUCUCAAGGUCAACAGGCAUCAUUAUACCCUUCCAUUGAGGAGUUGCUGUUCUCCCCCUUUUUACCGAACUCAGGUGAUGACAAAUCUGCCAGCAAGGGAAUUAGUGAUGCUCAAAGCAAGGGAAAAUCUGUUAUGACCUCUGCUACACCACCUACCCCUCCUGCUGCUCCUGCUUUCCGUCCAGCUCCUCCAAUUCCAUCUCUGAAUGAUUGGUCUCAGCCACCAGCACGUGGAUCGACAUUUUACCCAUCUAUUUGGCAGUCUGAAGCUGAUCCAAAAGCCAAUAGUGAUUCCAGAUGGCGUGUUCCAUUGUGCAGAGCUGGCCAUCCAUUCCAACCCCAUGCUCCCCUGAGCCGUCCACCCCCACCAAUGCCUGCACCAAUGAGCUAUGGACCUUCUCCACAUUUUCCUUACCCUGGCCGCCUCUUGUCCUCUGGCCAUCUGCAUGGAGACCUUGGUAAUAACAUUGAGAACUCACCAGCACGCACAUUCCAUAGAUGGAUUCAGUGUGAUGGUUGUGGAGUGCAACCAAUUGUUGGGCCUCGAUACAAGUCUAAAACAAAAGAAGAUUAUGAUUUGUGUGAUGCCUGCUUUCAUCGCAUGGGCAAUGAGGUCGAGUACACCAGGAUUGACAAGCCACUCUUACCCCAGAGAUUACUGAGAGACCCUACAUUGUGUCGCAAGAUCCAUUCACGGGCUGCGAUGAAGUCAAAGCGGGAGAAACUUGAAAGUCGCUUCAUUUUGGAUGUAACUGUCCUGGAUGGAACAUUGAUGGCACCUUCAACUCCGUUUACUAAGAUUUGGCGUAUGCAUAACAAUGGGUCUAUCAUGUGGCCCUUGGGCACACAGCUUAUAUGGGUUGGUGGCGACCAGUUUGCACUGCAGACCUAUGUUCCAUUAGAGAUUCCAGUGGACGGGUUUCCUGUUGAUCAGGAGAUUGAUGUUGCUGUUGAUUUUGUGGCACCUGCAAGGCCUGGGAGGUAUAUAUCUUACUGGAGGUUAGCAUCACCUUCUGGCCAGAAAUUUGGUCAGCGUGUUUGGGUUCACAUCCAGGUGGAGGAUCCUUCUUUUGUCAGUAACAACAGGACUGCCGCUAUAAACUUGAAUUUGCCCCCAGAAAGCAAUAUCACAAACACAAGUAAUUUGAUUGAUGUCAAUAUUGAGCCUGUGGAUCAAGUCUUCAACCAACAUGUCAAUAGCACAAACAAGGAGUUACUUGAACAUUUGAUACACCACCAGAUUGACGAGCCCAAGAAUCCUGAGCCUGCUCCAUUACCUGUGCCCAUUGUUUCUUCCACAACAUCUCUUCACCCCAUCAUUGAUGUUGAUGUUCCCUCCAGUUCAACUGCUGCUGCUUUUGUGCCUGUCUUUGAUGAGCCUGCGCCUGAACCUGCUGUGACUCCUGUGCCUCCAACUGUUAAUGUGCCUGCUGGUAAUGCACCUGCGUCUGUUGGUGCAUCAUCAUCUGAUCAUCAUGGCAUUGACAAUCUCACAGAAGAGAAACUGCUGAAGGAACUUGAGGAAAUGGGUUUUAGGCAGGUCGAUCUGAACAAGGAGAUACUCAGGCAGAACAAGUACAACCUGGAGCAGUCUGUCGAUGAUCUCUGUGGCGUCAGCGAAUGGGACCCUCUCCUGGAGGAGUUGCAGGAAAUGGGCUUUGAGGACACUGAGAUAAACAAGGAGAUGCUCGAGAAGAACGGAGGAAGCAUCAAGCGGGCUGUGAUGGACCUCAUCGCUAGGGAGAAGAAAGACCAGUGAAGAUCGUGUGCUCUUGAGCCAUCCCUAUCUAUAACCUAACUAUGUGUGUAUAUGCGUAAAUAAUGUGACGAGGUGUAAGGCUAGCGCCGGCCGCCGGGGCUGCUGCUACAGUCUCAGGGCCUGCUUGCUUAUGAACUGUGUGUGGUGUUGUGCGACUGGUAUAUUUGUCGCGGAGAUAUGUGUUAAGUGCGCGUGCGCGCCUCUUAAAAAGCGGUUACCUUGCCAGGUAAACUGCGUGUAAUUACUAUGGGCUUAGCUGCUCUAUGCCUCUUAUCUACUGCUGUGACUGGAACUUGAUGGAUUAAUAAGAUCUAUGUUGCGUAUGUUAA